CAGAAGUUGUCAACAGCUUGAACAGUAUUCUAGAGGUUUUCAAUCAGAGAGGCGGUUGACUUAAGUCUAGGACAGCUGCAGCUGGCAACAAACUGAUCUUUGUAUUGGACCUGCCUCUACUGUUGAGCUAAAUAUUGUCAUUCUUACGGAAAGUUUGUAACAAAAGGUUGAAGAAAGGUAGAACUAAAUGAAAUGACCACCUCGCAGAGGUACCUCGUGGAGCCCAAACUUAAAGUUGGGUUCUCUGACAUGGAGUGGCAAACGCCAGCUGUGUCUGAGAAGUUCCAGAGUCGAUUUGGCCGUCGUCCGGGGACAGCAGACAGUGGAGACACUGGCUUUGGCGCCACCCCAUCUGACAGCACAGAAGAUUUCCACAGCUCCUGCAGCAGCCCGUCAUUCCAGCCCAUCCGCAGCCAGAUCCCCAUCCCCACCGCCCAUGUCAUGCCGUCCACGGCCGGUGCCCCGGCCUCCCAGCCCCCGCCGCGGGCCCAAGAUGAGUCCCAGGCUUCAGCCGAGGCCCACCGGCCCUCAUCUGGCUCCAGAACCUCCAGCAGUUCCAGCUCCAAGUCCUCUCUCUCCAAAUCGGCGUCCUCCCCCAACCUGGACGCUCCGGCCGGCGUGGAUCCUCCGGGGGCCAAGCCCGACUGCCUGAGCCGCUACCGGAGCCUGGUGAACGGCCUGGACCACUCGCUGUUCCCCCUGGGGGACCACUCUCGCCUGGACCACCGCUUCGAGACCCCCACGGUGGAACCCACGCUCAACCAGUCCGCCCUGCUAGGGGGGAUGAACCCUGACGUCCGGCUGCGGCUCCAGAUGACCUCCGUGGGGGAAACUCCGGCCUGCGCCCCCGAGGCCUACAGGGGAUCCGUGGAGCACUCGUUCAGGCCUCUCCCGGAGGCCAGGCCGGCUGCUCCUGGUGGCCUCGACGCCUGCAGCCAGAGGGGCAGCCUGCACGCCGGGGCCUACCCUCCUGGGGCCUACCCUCCUGGGGCUUACCCGGCCGGGGCCUACCCUCCUGGUGCUUACCCUCCAGCGGCCUACCUGGGCUCCAUGGGCCUGCAGGGGCAGGCUCUGCUGAGGGAGCAGGUGGGGGCCAAGGCCUACGAGCCGCUGCUGCAGGACCGGAGCAGCGAGAUGCCCAUCUGGCAGCAGCAGAACAAGCUAGACACACUGCGACUACAGAUGGAGCACAUGCAGUUACUAAAUGCAGGAGUCAACCAGUACCAGCCUCUCUACUCCGCGUCCCUGUUCCCUGACGCUGGGAAGUGGGACUCUCUGGUCAAGGCCAACGAGAGUCAGCUGAAGGAGAAGGAGAUGAUCAUAGAGAGACAGAAGCAGCAGAUGUCCCAGCUGGAGCACAGGCUGAGGGACAGUGAGCUGCAGGUCCACGGGGCGCUGCUGGGGCGAGGAGCCCCGUACGGAGACGUGUGUCUGCUGAGACUGCAGGAGGCUCAGAGGGAGAACACCUUCCUGAGGGCCCAGUUUGCCGAGCGCAGCGACGGUGCCGCGCAGGAGGCGGCGGAGGCGGAGCGCCGGCUGGGCGCCGUGGAGACGGAGACACGGCGCCUGACGGAGGCUCUGAAGGAGGCCGGCGCCCAGCACGCUGAGGAGCUGGGGAAACAGGAGGAGAGGAUCCGCACUCGGGACAAGCACAUCAACAACCUGAAGAAGAAGUGUCAGAAAGAGGCGCAGCAGAACCGAGAGAAGCAGCAGCGCAUCGAGACUCUGGAGCGCUACCUGGCCGACCUGCCCACCAUGGAGGACUACCAGAGCCAGAACAAGCAGCUCCUGGAGGUGCAGCAGCAGGCGGCCCAGCUGCAGGGGCGGGUGCAGGACCUGGAGGUGUCUCUGGAAGAGGCCCGCUCACGUGUGCGGGAGAAGGACUCCCAGUUGGAGGAACAGAAACACAGAGAGAAGGAUCUGCUGACCACGGUCACCAGUCUGCAGGAGCGCGUGCAGGAGGGGCUGGAGGACGGGGCCAGGCUGCCCUCCCUGGAUGUGGAGAAGCUGAGAGAGGAGAACCGAGUCCUGAGGGAGGAGCAACACCGGCUGAAAAAGGUCAUUGAGAAGCAGCUGAGGAUGAUGGAGCAGCUGGGUGCUCAGAUCAGGACGCAGGAGGAGCAGGUUUCUCACGAGGAGAGCAGCUCUCAGGCUCUGAGUGAGGAGUUGCGAGCCAAAGACCGGACUCUUCUACAGAUGCACACGGCUAUGAAAGAGCUGUCAGAGCAGAACCAGGACCUGAUGGAGCAGAAGCUGACCCUGCAGGAGCGCCUGGAGGACCCAGAGUGGAGGGGUCCGGACCGGGCCUCCCUGCAGCCGGCCGGGGCCCGCCUCACCCAGAAGCUCCACAGAGAGAUGGCCUCCUGCCUGGGGGACCUCCGCUCGGUCUGCAACGUCCUGACCCAGAGGGCCCAGGGCCGGAACCCCAACCUCUCCCUGCUGCUGGGCAUCACCUCGCCGCCAGUGGAGGAGCGGGUGGAGGACUGGCUGAGCGCGGAGGUCCUGCAGGAGAAGCUGGCUGAAGCCCAGCAGCUCCGCAGGGACGUGGAGGAGCUCCGCACCACCAUCUCAGACCGCUACGCCCAGGACAUGGGAGACAACUGCAUUACCCAGUAGAGCCCAGGACAUGGGGGAGGACUGCAUUACCCAGAAGACCCCAGGAUGUGGGUGAGAACUGCAUUACCCAGUAGACACCUGUAUAUGUGAGAGGACUGCAUUACCCAGAAGACCCCAGGACAUGGGGGAGAACUACAUUACCCAGAAGACGCCAGGACAUGGGGGAGAACUACAUUACCCAGCGUACAUCAGAACAUGAUUGAAGUGGACUUCAGUUGACCCCAGCAGCUCUGUAAACACACUAAGCCCAGCUAGUCACCCAAACAAGGCUGUCAGGGGGCGGAGCUAUACCAUCAGGAGGCGGAGCUAUGUUGGGUGGACGGUUCAUCGACACUGCUCCAUAGACUAUAUUACUACAAACUGUACUACAUAAUAUAUACCACCAUCUGUACUAGGUCUAUAUUCAGAACUUCUCAACCCCUAAACUAACUCCUGUCCUGCCACUGGUCAGUUAUGGAUUCUGUUGCCUAAUUUAUUUCAUUUUUGGUUUAUAUAAGGAUAUGUUUGUGAGUGUAUGUUUGUCACAAAGCCUUCCACCUUACUUCAGUCAGGUGGAUGGGUGAGUGUUAUUCAAUCUCCCUUAAAAACAGUUUUAUUUAAGUCUUGUCUUUCCUCUUCAGGGAAACGAUGUAGGAUUUGGUUGACAAUCAACUGAAAAUAUCUGUUUUUGAAGUGAUUUAAAUAAGAGGGAGUGUUACUAACCGGCCAUUAUUUAAAAUGGUGUAUUUGUAGCAUUAGAUUGGAGUGUGCACAUGCAACUUGACACAAAAUAACCACAGUAAGGCUGAUCAAACCUUCUCAAACCACUUACUGACAUGUUGUUCUCAAGGACACCUUGGUGGUCUACACAAUGUAUUUACAAAUAUUGAAUGUUUGCAGAAGCCUCAGGUGUAAAUGAUCUUUUGGAAUAUUUGGAUGUGCCUUUGACACACUGUGGCUGCCACCUUGCCGGUCUUCAUGUGGACCCAUGCAGAGACUCUGGUCCGUGGCUAGUGGACUUCUUCCUAGGAGCCGUUUUCUUUGUUCAUCCAGCAAAACAAUCAAUACAUUCCUUGAAGUAGUUUUGGGAACUAGGGAUACCCAAGACUAUGGAUAUCCAAGCUGUGCACAUGCCAAAGGUAGUUCCCCCUUUGUGAAAUAACUGGUUGUGUGUUGAUUUUUGUUACCUAAUGCAUUUCAAGGGACGUUAGUGAUUUGUUGUUGAUAAAUGUCUAGAUGUGUGAAGACUCAUUAAAACACUACAUCACUUUAAUUUAACCUUUUUUUGUUUUAGUGCUUGCGAGUACAAGCAAAACAUUCUAGUUUUAAUGUAUUGUUGGAAUAAUGUCUUGUUGAGAUCUUUCUGUCUUCCAUAAACGGUGGUGCAGAAUGUAAUGGACAAGAACUGUCUUCAAGCCAUGAUGGAAAGUCAUCUCAACUUGCCUUACUGCAUCUCAAACCUUCGGAAGAAAUGAAAACAUGUUUAUAUUGAAUAUAUUUUUGUCCUCAGAUUGUAUUUACACAUUUUAGAAAUAAAGAUUGUUUCAAGUAACUUCGCUCGGGA